UCCAGCAUGGUUACUUAUUGACUAAGCCAGGUUCCAAGGAACAUGACCUCCCAAUCAAAGGAACAUCUCUGAGAUCUUGGUCUUGGACUAGACAGUCUCAUUUACGCAGAGAAGUCUCUGUGCCCAGCCGGAGGGACCCCUCUGGCGCAGGGUUGGAGGUGGAGGAAUCAGAAGCCAAGGCUGGGCUGUCUGGCCACCAUGAAGCCAAUGCUGUGCAGCUACUUGCUUGUAUCCAUUUUCCCAUUCUGCUCAGCGGAGCGUUACAGGGGGGCGGCAGAGAGAAUCAUGACCAAGACUCCUCUGAUAGACGGACACAACGACCUCCCCUGGCAGCUGCUGAAAAAGUUUAACAACAGGCUAAGCGUGGCACCGGCAAACCUCACCCUGCUGAACGACACCCACACCAACAUCCCCAAGCUGCAGAGCGGGCACGUGGGAGGGCAGUUCUGGGCGGCUUACGUGCCCUGCGAUACCCAGAACAAAGACGCGGUGAAGCGAACGCUGGAGCAGAUCGAUGUCAUUCACCGCAUGUGUGACAAGUACCCCGAGGCCUUUGUGUGUGUCACCGACAGCACAGGCAUAGAAGACGCCUUCCGAGCAAAGAAGGUUGCCAGCUUGAUUGGCGUGGAGGGCGGCCACUCCAUGGACAGCAGCCUGGGCACCCUGCGGAUGUUCUACCGGCUGGGGGUGCGCUACAUGACCCUCACCCACAGCUGCAACACCCCCUGGGCGGACAACUGGCUGGUGGACACGGACCAGGAGCAGCCCGUCCACAACGGCCUGUCGCAAUUCGGGAAGCGCGUAGUCCAGGAAAUGAACCGCCUGGGCAUGCUGGUCGACCUGGCCCACGUGUCUGUGCAGACAAUGGAGGACGCCCUGGAGGUUUCCAAAGCUCCUGUUAUAUUCAGCCACUCGUCAGCCUAUGAGCUCUGCAGAAGCAGGCGCAACGUGCCUGAUGACAUCCUCCGCAGGGUGAACCAGACGGGCGGCCUGGUGAUGGUGAACUUCUACAACUUGUACGUGUCCUGCAACAAGGAGGCUGCCAACCUGUCCCAGGUCGCAGAUCACCUGGAUCACGUCAAGAAGGUGGCCGGCUCCGCGGCGGUUGGCUUUGGCGGGGACUACGAUGGCGUGACCGCGGUUCCCCAGGGGCUGGAGGAUGUUUCCAAAUACCCAGACUUAAUAGCUGAGUUACGGAGGAGGAACUGGACAGAAACCGAAGUGAAAGCUGCCCUUGCCGUGAACCUGCUGAGAGUCUUCAAGAAGGUGGAGGAGGUGAGGGACAGCCUGUCCCAGGAGCCCCCUGACGAUGAGCCGAUUGCGUACGAGGAACUGGAAGGGCAGUGCAGAACCAGCUAUGGGUACCCCGCCCGUGACAGCGCCAGCCCCCCCAGCAUGCUGCCAGCCGCUCUCAUCGUCCCCCUCCUUUACUCCCUCCGCCUGUAGAGCUCUGGAAGCAGACCCCCCCUUCUCACUUCUGAGCCAGCCUGUGGGGGCAGGGGGGAGUGCCGGGGACUCCCCACCGCUCUGGGGCUGGCCCCGAAGGGGAGCCCAGCAGAGCACUGCUGCCCCGCCGUCCCCCAGUCUCACUGGGCCCACAGGGGGUGAGGUUCAGUCCUGCCAUGAUCGAAGCCGGGUUAAGUGGCCACGCCCCAGCCUAGGCCCCACUGUUCACCUCUGGGCACCAUGCGGCUUUUCCUGGGGAGUGAACCCACUCAGCUGAGCUAACACGACUUAGCCCUGUCCCCACCCCCUUCUGCCCUUUGGCACCCAGCUGGCGCCUGCAAGCCGGAAUUAAAGCUGAGGCUCCGCUCCGCUCCCUGCUGUCUGUCUAGUCUAUGACCUAGGACCAGCCACACCUCCCCGAAGCAGCCCCCAGCUUUCCACCAGGCUGAAGGCAGGAGCAGGACCUGGCUCCUGGAUAAAAGCCCCUUUAGAAGAGCCUUUUAUCCUGGUUCUUCCCAAGACAAAGCUCGGUGGCCUGGAGCAGA